CCAGCGGACAGACGUUGCUGGACGCGUACGUCGUUGCAGGGCCUCUCGGUUUCCCCCCUGGGGCCCUGCUAUGGAGAGUCGGCUGGUGACCCCGGUUCUCUUUCGGGCCACCAAGCUGUGGAAUGAAGUUACUAAUCAUUUUAGGGCAGGAAUGCCACGAAGAAAACAUAGACAGCAUUUUAAAAAAUAUGGCAAUUGUUUUACUGCAUCUGAAGCAACUGACUGGCUUCAUGAAUUACUCAAAAGUAAUAAUAAUUUUGGUCUGGAAGUUACUAGGCAGCAAACUGUUCAACUGUUAAGGAAGUUUCUGAAAAAUCAUGUGAUUGAAGAUAUAAAAGGAAGAUGGGGCUCAGAAAACUUCGAUGACAACAAUAAUUUGUACAGAUUCCCUUCAGCUUCUCCAGUUAGAAGUCUGCCAAAUCGGUGUCCGUUGAGUGAGAACAAAAAUAUUAUUCCUAAAGAGACAAACAGUGUACUUAAGUUGCCACAUUUCUCCAGGAUCACUCCUAAAAAACAUGAACAACAUGUGUGUCAGGAAAAUAUAGUAAAUUUAAAUAGUGAUACAGUUCAAGAGGAUACAGACAAAAUGGCACAGAGCAGGAGAAUAAGCCAAGCAGACAUAGAAGAAAUUUGGAGAAACAUCGUUUUGAUACAUUUGCAAACUAUUUUAGAUGUACCUUCUUUGGAACAACUCUUGGACCCAGCAAAAAUAUUCCCUCAGCAUGUCAUAUACAACAUGACAAAUACAAGUAAACGUGGUGUUGUUGUUCUACAAGACAAAUCUGAAGAUCUUCCACAUUGGGUACUCUCUGCUAUGAAAUGUUUAGCGAACUGGCCUAGAAGUAAUGACAUGAGCCAGCCAACUUAUGUGGGCUUUGAACGAGAUGUAUUUAAAACCGUUGCUGACUAUUUUCUUAGCCUCCCUGAACCUUUGCUUACUUUUGAGUACUAUGAACUGUUUGUGAACAUUUUAGUCUCGUGUGGCUACAUCACAAUUCCAAAUAGAUCCUGUGGGAAUCCUAGUACCCGGAAUGAGUUGGAGCUUCCAAAAACUCCACGUUUAAACUCUUUCAAAUCAACUGAAUGUCUCCUGCUAAGUUUGCUUCAUCAUGAUACUGACAAAAAAGAUGAAUCUGAGACUUCUGGAACUGUUUCUAAAAAGACAUAUAGGAUUGAAAGAGAUUCUGGUGCAAAGUUGCAGCAAUAUAAAAUGGCUCAUAAGCGCGGCAGUGUCCAUGAACUAAUGGGUGGCAGUUGCCAGAAUCUUUCAAGACUAAAAAAUGAACAUGCUGUGCCUCUCGCACGUAAUGCAAGGUGUUGCUCUUUGGAGGGAAUUGCAGAUACCACAGAAAUUAUGCAUAGUAAAGAUGGAUUUAAAAUGUUUUCUCAAGCUGGAAUUCACAUUAUGCCAGUCACAAAAAAUGAAAAUCAGGUGCUCCAUUCACGGUAUAAACCAGACUCUUUGAUGGAUCUCUGUUCUCAUAACGCUAAUAAAAAACAAUCAGGUGGUAUCAAGAGAGUUUUUACAUCAGUUGUUACGGACCAAGAACUACAUAGUGACAAUUACAAGCCAAAGCAACUUUGCAGGUCUCAAAGUUUACAUGAAAGAAACAAAUCCAGCCAAUAUGGCAUCAAUGCUCCAGUUGCAGAGAUCACAGUGAAACCACAUCCAGUAAACCACAAAAACCAAAGUAUUACUAAAUUGGUUGCUAAAAUAGGAAGUGAGCUUGAAUGUUCUGAUACUGUCAUCAAUCAGAGACUCUGCAAAAGUUCCACAGAACUUUCAGAAAACAUACUUUCUCCUGCCUCCUUUAUGUUGACUGGCACAUCAAGUCUGUUUCACCCUCAUUUAGAAAGAGUAGCCAUUGAAGCCCUGCAGAUAUGCUGUUUGCUACUUCCACCACCCAGUCGCAGAAAACUUCAACUCUUAAUGCGCAUGAUCUCCCGAAUGAGCGAAAAUGUUGAUAUGCCACGCCUCCAUGACACAGUGGGCACAAGGUCUUUGAUGAUACAGACAUUUUCUCGAUGUGUGUUGCGUUGUGAAGAAGAAGUAGACCUUGAUGAGCUGCUUGCCGUUAGAUUAGUUGCUUUUUUAAUGGAUCAUCAUCAAGAUAUUUUUGAAGUCCCAACUUAUUUACAUGUUGCAGCACAAGACCAUAUAGAGUCUUUAAAAACUACUCAGAAGGCAUGUCUUGGGAAAGAUCUGAGUGCUGUAUUUCCUACUUAUUCCUACUGCAAGAGGAUAACAACUCGGGAAUUUGAUGAACAAAAAGUUUCUACUUCUCAGGCUGCAGUUGCUGAGCUCCUGGAAAGCAUUAUUAAGGACAGAAAUUUAUCUUUUAAAGAUAAGAAGAAAAAGCUCAAACGGUUUCAAAAAGAAUAUCCACAGAUCUAUCAAAGGAGAUUUCCAACUACAGAAAAUGAAGCUAUGUUGUUUGAAGAUAAACCCACGAUUAAGCAGCCAAUACUCAUUCUGCAAAAGCCAGCGUUCUUGACUCUAAGGCACUGAUUUACAUUUUUUGAAAACUCACUUGCCUGAUGAUUUUCUUCGGACGAUCACUAUAACAACACUUUUGAGCCAAUAUGCUGAAAUACUCUAAAAUAGCCUAAAUCACAAUGAUGGUAUCAUUGUUUAUAAAUGAACUCAUCUGUAAAUAAAUGCAAAAAGAUUGUGUUAAAUGAAAUAAAAAUGAAGGUGAUAUAUGUGGUAACACCAGUAACCAAAAUGAAGUGCUUCAGACUGGUGAUAUUGAGAAAAUGAAAUAUAUAUGUUGUAACUUUUCAGGAUAUUGUUUCAGGGUAUUGUUUCAGGGUGCAUUUAGAAAAACAGCCAAUAAGAUGUCCUUUAUCUUCAUUUUAUUAUGUAUAUGUAUUUUAUGGUUGAAUGUUAAGUAAACAUUGUGGGCUUGAGCCUUUUUAAUUUGAGGCCAUAAGUUUGAAUAACAUCUUUCGUAUAUUUUGCACUUCUUGUGAAUUAAAUUAUAUGCAUGUCUCAGUGACAUGUGCCCAGUUGUGACAGAAUUUAGUAUAACAUGUUUUUGACAAAAAGCAACGAAGACUAGGUAAUGUAUCGCAUUGUCUCAGAAAUGCUAUAUAGAAAGUAGACAGUACAAUUCUGUUUACAGUGCUGAUUCCUUUUGUUCAAGUCUAACUUUUGAAAAAGAUAGUUAUCUUGCUUCAGCAGCUGUUAAAAUAACACUUCAUGCCUUCCCUAUGCUGGCACCACUAUGGGACAAAUUACCUUUCAUAUUAUUGAAUUGUGUAACUUAUGUUCCCUAAUUCCACCCUUUGUACUAUUCUAAGACUUGCCCUUGCAAUGUCUCUGUUUUCUUUCUAUUGUUGUUGAAUUCUUGUCUAUAUGUUCUGCUGUAGGAGUUGAGUAUCUGGAUCUUGAUCCUUUUUAGCUUCAUUGUAUUUAUGGUAAUAGCAUGUUAUUUAAGCUCUUUUUAAUAUAUCUAUCAAAAUAAAUUGUUUAAUAAGCCCUGGUUUAAUAAGGAUAGCUGAAGAGAGUACUUUGCUGUGAAAUGCGUUUCAGACAGUGUGUGCUUAAGCUGUCAAAAUUGAACUUUAAUAAAAGGAUUAAAUUCCUAAGCAUAAAAUAA